UGGGACUCUCUUUCAAAACAUUUAAGUUAUCAGUUAAUGCUCUCGAAUUCAACGAUACAUUUUUGGUUUCCACGAAACCUUAGAUUAGAUUGCGCUCAUUCGUGAACAGAACUCCGACAUGAGCGGACUACAAUUUUAAAAAUGCUCCUCGGAUUUUCAUGGCUCGUGGUCAUCCUGUACCUUUUCCUCCAACAGGACAUACAUCAGCCUGUGGCACAGGCAGCUAACAUUCUGGGAAUAUUUUCCUACCAUCUUAGCUCACAUUUUCUAGUUCUACAAUCGUUUUCAAGAGGUCUAGUUAAACGAGGGCACAACGUAACGCUGAUAACACCAGAGGGAAUGCCGCCCAAUAUCGAUGGAGUUCGACAUAUUCGCGUUCCCAAGCUCAACAGACGCGUUCAGGACAUGAUCGAGUCUGACCGGCUUUUGGACUACUUUGAUAACAAGUGGAUGGAGAGCUUGAUGGCCGUUUCAAUGCUUUCCAACAUGUCCCACGACAUCCUGAGUGACAAUGCUGUUCAACGUAUGCUACGGGACAGAAGUGAACAUUUUGAUAUGAUUAUGAUGGAACCAGCUGGUCUAGAGGCCCUUUAUGGCCUGGUGGAGUACUACAAUGCCACUCUGAUAGGAUUGUCCGGGGGAACUGUUAGCUGGAAAACCGAAGCACUUGCCGGAAACCCAGCCCCGAGCAUCUAUGAACCCAUCUCCCCGAUUGGCUUUUCAUGGGACCCCUCGUUCUUGAGCAAGGUUUACAACUGGAUCCAUAUCACCGAGGAGAAGCUACUCGAGCGUCUGAUCAUUCGGCCGGCACAGAUGCUCAUCUUUAAGAAGAUCUUUGGAUAUUCGGACCAGAAGUUCAAUGAACUGCGUCGCAAGUUCUCGCUGAUCCUGAUCAACAACCAUUUCAGCAUGGGCAGAGUGCGAGCAAAUGUUCCGAAUAUAAUAGAGGUGGGAGGACUGCAUCUCAGCGAACCCCCGGAACCAUGUGAUGAAGAGCUGCAGAGAUUUCUGGACGAGGCCGAGCACGGCGUUAUCUACUUCUCGAUGGGAAUGGAUAUCAUGGUGCAGUUUCUGCCUGAGGAUAUGCAUCAUCCGCUGAUGCAAUCAUUUGCCCAACUACAGCAGAGGAUUGUGUGGAAAAACGAGCUAUUCAAUAUACCCAACAAGUCGGAGAACAUAUAUGUGACUGAGAAAGCACCCCAAAGACACAUUUUGGCACAUCCCAACGUCCGGCUCUUCAUCACAAACGGAGGAUUACUGAGUGUGAUGGAGGCGGUGGACAGUGGGGUUCCGAUGCUGGGACUACCAAUGUUCUUUGACCAGUUUCUAAUCUUGCGAUACGUUAAGCAAGGCGGCAUGGCCGAGGUCUUGGACGCCAACGCAUUGAAUGCUGAAAUACUAACCAAAAGCAUUAGGGAGCUGCUGGAAAACCCUAAGUAUAGUCUCAUGGCCAAGAAAAUGUCGCAGUCCUUCAGGGACAGACCCAUGAGUCCUUUGGACACGGCAGUUUGGUGGACGGAGUACGUCUUGCGGAAUCGGGAUGCCAAUCACAUGCGCCUAAAUAUAGACGAAGUUUCCCCAUUGCGGUACUACGGAUUGGACUUGCUGCUCCCAUUUGGUCUUCGUUUCGGAAUCGUCUUCCUAUCUGUGAUCUAUUUGUGCUACAAAAUAUUCCAAAGAAGUCGGAAAAGACAGCAACAACAGCGGGAAAGAUGGAGUGGUACCUUGCAGAUCAAACUGCUUCAAUCAAGAUCUUAAAUAAUAUUAGUUUUGUAGUAAACGUUCAUGUUAUUUUUUUCCUCUCUGUUAAUCUAAAUUCGGUUAAAUACAAGUGGAUCUCAAAAGUGUGCUUCAAAAACCAUUCAUUAGUGGUAGUUUUAAAGCAUAAGUUUAGUCGUUAAAUAAAAUCAUAUGGAAUAAGGUUACUAUUGCUUCGAGUAUGUUUUUAGUUUAUCAGAAUUUUAAUUUAACUAUUAAAAAAACUAUUUUUAAUCUUUAUUUCUCUAAAAAUAUCAUUUUGUAUUCAAGGGUACCGAAUACUAAAUAAUCGAUAUGAAUAUUUAUUUAGUGGAUCGAAUAAUACAUUUUCGUUACAAAAGUUGGAAUCAAUUGUAUGUUUAAGGUCCAAUCGUUACUAGCUUUUUUUCCUGGUUAAGAGGUGUUUAUGUCUGAUUUUAUAAAUGUAAAAAAGAAUGACGCAUUGUAUAAAUAAAGAACUUAUUGACGUCAGCACAGGAGGAUCGGCUGGUUGUCCUUGAUCUGGGGCUUCCUCAGGGGAUCGACUACAGGUUCUGCCUUUCACCAGCCACGCUUACUGUCCAUCUUCCUACCUUUUAGAUCUGGUUUG